UUCGGAGGGGACGCACGUCUGUUCCCGUGAACCCUCCUCAUCGCGUAUUACGACUAAAUAUAUUGAGGUGAAAUUGUGCUUUUUAAAAGUGUUUUAAAUAAUGUGAAUGAUGGUUUAGUGUGUGACAUUCUAAAAAUGGUCGUGUUACUGAUCUUUGGCCUGUUUAUUGCUCGCAGUGUAUGCCACACGAUAACAUUCUUGGACGUUCCACGUUGGGCAGAUCCGAGAAUAGAAGCCGAGUUGCGUUGUCAUUACGCGAAACAACCACUCGAUCCUCCACUUCACUCCGUCAAGUGGUACAGAGGCACACACGAGAUAUUCAGAUACACACCACAAGAAUACGAAACACGAGCCUUCAACAGCAGCGGGGUCUCAGUGACGAACAGCUCUUGUGACACUUUCGCUUGUGUUAUCACCAUAAAACCUGAACCCGGUACUGCGAAGUACACUUGUGAGGUUUCCAGCGAGGGCCCCAGAUUUGCGGUGGAUAGAAAAUCGGCUAACAUGACAUUAGGUGUGUUACCUGAAUAUGAGCCACUGAUAACUGGUCUUCCCACAUUCGUGAAUGCGGGCGAACAGGCACUCGUCAACUGCACAUCUGACUAUUCACUGCCAGCUGCUACAAUAGACUGGUUCGUGGAUUCUGAACCUCAGGAGGAUCCAGUUAUAACCGGCGAAACUCAUGUCUCGGGUGCAGACGGUGACGGUCUCCGUGCAUCGUGGAGGACUCUACACGUAUAUCCCGACGACUACUCCACGCAUCGGGGUUUUCUCGCCCUGCAGUGCCGUGCGACACUGCCCACGCGGCCACCUCACGUCCGUAGCAUGGCCGUACGGCUUUAUGUCGCGAGUCGACCUCACAUAUCAUCUUAUAUGUUAAGUAAAAAUAAUGCUGUAGGGAAAAAUAACGCAAUCAGAUUACAGAACGAUCUGUGUCUAUGGACGUUAUUAUUGCUCGGGAGAAAACUUGUGCCUUGUCUAGUGAAAUAAAUGUAUGACUGAAUAAACGAAUUACUAUGGACUUAAGUUACGUAAUGCUGUGGACGUAAUAUAGACUUAACAUAUGUAUAUUUAAUUAAAUUAUCAAAACCUUCUCUCAACUACUGUAAUUGUUUGUUAGUCACAAACAUAUUACAAAAUUAUAUCUUCGACUAAAUUCGAAUACGUAUUUCUUAAAAACAGAUUACUGAAAUAAAAUCUCAUUGAAUAAUAAUGUUCAAAAAUGAUAAAUGAAAAUAAUUUUCGUCCAUAAAUUGAGAUCUAAUAUGAAGGAUUUAGUCAACGAUAUAUUAAUGUCAAUUAGAUUAUUAAGGAUCGGUUCGGUAAAAUAGACUUGUGUUAUUAAUGAUUUUCAUAUAUUUCUCGUU